GCAGCCAUUAGAUUACUUCAAAUUAUUUUUGCUAAAGCCUAGCAACACAGUUCCCUCCAAGCAGAAAUGUCAAAAUGGCGUCAACGCAGGACGCUUGGUAUAUAUCUUUACUUGGUUUAGCAGAACAUUUCCGAACAUCAAAUCCUCCUGACAUAAAAAGUUGUAUUCAGUGCCUACAAGCUGUAUUUAAUUUUAAACCGCCCCAAAGGGUCGAGGCCCGAACUCAUUUACAACUUGGAAAUAUCCUUUUGACACACACUAAAAACAUCGACUUGGCGAGGACGCAUUUAGAGCAGAGUUGGUGCCUCUCUCAGACUAUCAAUGGGUUCGAUGACGUCAAGUUUGAGGCGGCGAGUGUGCUGGCGGAGCUGUUUGAGCAGCAGGGCCAGCCUACUCACUCCAAACCUAUCCUUCGCAAGGCGAUUGAGUUAUCACAACACAGUGUUUACUGGCACUGCAGGCUAAUAUUCCAACUGGCACAAAUCCACGCAACGGAAAGAGAGUAUGAAGUGGCCAGUAGUCUCCUGGGAGUGGGAGUGGACUACGCCCAGAUCUCCAAUGCAGCGUACACAAGGGUACUCUUCCUGCUCAGUAGGGUAAUGCUGCUGUUAAUAGAUAAGAAAAUCCAAGAAGUUUUACCACUGCUGAACCAGGCAGGCCACCUAGUAGACUCCUGGACGGGAAGUCCACACCAGAAGGAGUAUCUCAAAGUCUUCUUCUUGGUAUUACAAGUAUGCCACUUCCUAAUGGCUGGGCAGGUGAAGAGCGUGAAGCCCUGCUUGAAACAACUGCAGCAAAGCAUUCAGACAAUCAUGGCCCCUGCGUGGCCUGAUGAUGAUACGGUAUGCGGUACCGCGCCAGGCGAAUCAUUCGUAUGGCUGUCGCGGCAGCAGCUAUACGUGCUAGUGUACUUAGUAACGGUCAUGCACUCGGCGCAGGCCGGCUAUAUGGACAAGGCACACAAGUACACGGAGAAGGCACUGGCACAGAUCGACAAGCUGACUGCGAGCGGGUUCUCGGACUCGGUGACGUUAGUGGGUGCCCGCAGCGGCGCGGCGCUGGCGUGGCGGCUGCGCAUGGCGCUGGUGGAGCACGCGGCGCUGUGCCGGCUGGUGUGCGGCGGCAAGGCGCACGCGCUGCACGAGAUCGCCCGCGCCGCGCACCUGCUCACCAUAGCUCCCACCGCGGCCAGCGCAGCAGCCCACACGCCGCCACUGCACUGCCUGCUUGGACUCUACGCGAUGUCCAUGAAUUGUAUGGAGGCGGCCGAGGCGCAGUUCCUCACCGCGAUACACAUGUCGCAAGAUAGAGAUUUAUGGAUGUUCGCGAAACUUAACCUGGCCAUUGUAUACUUACGGGGGCGGCGGGACAACGACUUAGCGCAGCUAAUGGAACAGGUUCGACCAGAGGCGUUGCCUGCCUACGCGCACGGGCUUCGGGCCGCAUCCUACUACGUACUAGGGCUGCAGGCCUUCUUCCAGGCGCGGUACAACGAGGCCAAACGUUACCUUCGGGAGACCCUCAAGAUGGCGAAUGCGGAGGACCUGAACCGGCUGACGUCGUGCUCGCUCGUGCUGCUCGGGCACAUCUUCCUCUCCAUCAACAACUCGCGCGAGUCCAUGAACAUGGUCACGCCGGCCAUGCAGCUCGCCAGCAAGAUCCCCGACGUGCACGUGCAGCUGUGGGCCUCCGCCAUACUCAAGGAUCUAUACCGGCUCGCCGGCGACACGGAGCGCGAGAACGAGGCAUACCAGAUGCACUGCAACUUCUCGCAGUCGCUGCUGAAGGACCACUUCCAGGCCACGCAGCUCCCGCAGCACGCGCUCGUGCACUGGACGCAGGGCCCGCCGCCCGCCCUCCCCCCGCCGCCCACACACACACACUCCAACCCCACGUAGGUC